UCCGCUGCGUCCGUCUGUCGAAAUUUCGCGAGCGAGCGGAUUCUUUCACGGUGCGCGCGCGCGAGACAUGAGAGACGGAUUAAAAUCGCGUUAAACCGUGAAGAUGAGAGGAAACUGAGAGGGUUCUGAGAGACUUUGUCGGGGAUGGACGCGCGGCUGAGCUGCGGGUCUCCGCGGGAGGACGGGGAGCUGGAGGACGGGGAGAUCUGCGACGACGACGCGGAGGAGAAACAGCAGCAGCAGCAGCAGCGACGGCGGCCGCAGAACUCGAGGCCCGGACCCGGAUCACGGAAACCCAAAACCUCCACACCGCGAUCCAAAUCCACAUGUCCGGGACCGGGGAAGGAGUUCCGGCCGCCGCCGCCGCUCUUCAGACCCGGGCCCAUGCUACAUGGUGCGUUCCCCGCGUGCGCCGCCGGCCCGGACCGGUUAGAGCCGCCCAGCCCUCGGACCAGCUUCUGGGAGCGCAGUCACGGCGCACUGGGCCGGCUCCGGUACCGGGGGAGGGCCGGGGAGGGCCGCGGGGACAGAGCGCGUGGGGCCGGGAGGGGCAGGAACAUCCACCGGAAAGAUUCACCCAACUGGAAACAGAAACAGGGCGGCUGGGCGGCGAGUCGCAAACCCAUGUACGUCGCCUCCAAGCCGGAGACCUGCGUGGACGAGAGCUUCGAGGACCUGCUGCUGAAGUACAAACAGAUCCAGCUGGAACUCGAGUGCAUUCGCAACCAGGAGAGGAGCGCGCUGAAACCCGGCGAAGACUCGCCGCACAGGGAGCAGGAGGACACGCCCGCCGCCGGGACGCCGCCGGGGCUGCCGCAGGGGGCUGAGACGCUCCAGUCGGAGCAGCAGGAGAUGAAGGCGUUCACCCUCCGGCCGCUCAGACAGAAGCUGCUCACGCCCGCGGAGAGAGACGCACUGAACGCCAAGAGCACCCCUGAAGCGGAGCAGAAAGAGGCGGGGCCUAACGAGGAGAAAAAAGAAGAGGUGAAAAACGAGGCGGAGAAAAGUCUUGUUGAGCCGCCAACGCCGAACGAAGAAGAAGAAGAAGAAGAGGAGGAGGAGGAAGAGUCUGACCUGAGCAUCUCACUAAGCCAGAAGACCAAAAAAACACGCGGCAAGGAUGAAGAUGACGAGCUCUCGGAGUUGCAGUUGCGUCUCCUGGCGCUGCAGUCGGCGAGUCGUAGGUGGCAGCAGAAGGAGCAGCAGGUGAUGAAGGAGAGCAAGGAGAAACUGAACCGCGCCAAGACCGCGCCCGAGCACUACCGGGUCACCACCAGGUCCGCUUCCGCCGGGCGGGGUCGCCCAGGGGCAGGGGUCAAAGGCCAGGAGAAGGGCAAACCCACUGGUAGACCGGGUACGGACCGGAGCAAAAUGCCACCUAAGGGACAUCCUGCUAAACACACCCUCAGCCCAGUGUCGAAGCAGGCGUGGAGGAAGCAGCAGCUGCGGACGUGGAAACUCCAGCAGGAGGCGCAGAAGCAGAGGAGCGAGGAGGAGGAGGAGAAAAGGAAGAGAGAGGAGGAGAUCCGCAAGAUCAGGGACCUGUCCAAUCAGGAGGAGCAGUACAACCGCUUCAUGAAGCUAGUGGGAGGGAAACAUCACUCACACACCAAGUCCUCAGAUCCUGAACACAGGAAGUUGAAGCAGGGACUCGACUCUGCAGGUAACCUGUACCAGUAUGACAAUUAUGAUGAGGUCGCCAUGGAUACGGACAGUGAGACAAAUUCUCCAGCUGCGUCUCCAGCACACGAAGUGUGUGGUGGUGUCAGCCCGCUCUAUGUUGUUCCAGUGUUCUCUCUAGGCUCCGCCUCUCUCCGGCAGGAUAUGGUUCAGUAUUGUCAGAGUCCAGUGGGUGUGGUUUCACUGGUACCGCCCCCUCCCCCACCCCCAAUGCCACCUCCGGAGGAAUUGGAACGCCCCCCAAAACCUCCUUUUGCUGAUGAGGAAGAAGAAGAGGAGAUGAUGCUGAGGGAGGAGCUUCUCAAAUCGCUAGCUAACAAACGUUCUGUGAGAGCAGAGGACACGUCCAGUAACAGCGGCCCUCCAUCUCCCAUCAGACCUGUAGCUCCGCCCACUAUCAGAGCCGCUGCCGCUUCUGUGCCUCUCGGGUUCAACGCUAGCUCCACCCACUCUCGCACCUCCAGCAAAUUCGGACGAGCAGCUGCAGCAUCCAGAGUCCCGCUGAUGCUGCCGCGUCACAAAGCCGUGGUCAUCCGUCUGAACGGGUCUGAUGACAGCGACUCGGAGAUCGAGGCGUCCGGAUCGGCGCAGUGCGUGUUCGGUGGUCUGGAGUCCAUGAUCAAAGAGGCGAGAAGAAGUGUGGAGAUCCAGGCGGCGAGACCGAGACCUGUUCCUGUGGCCGAGAAAGAGAACAACCCGCUGAGGACACCGGACACUUUACCUGAGAACAGUGACCUGGGGUACCGUCUCCUGAGGGCGGAGCUAACCAGUCAUCAGCGGAUCAGGAAGUCCGAUUCUGCCGCUUCCUCUCCGCUCGGAUUUGACUCGGAUGCGGAUGUGCUGGGAAAACCGGUGGACCUCAGCGACAUGGAGGAGAAGCUCGCCAAACACCGCGCUCAGCUGCAGAAGGACCAGGCUCUGCUCCAGCAGCUCCACCAGCAGGAGCUCAGAAAGAGAGAGUCUCUGAAGCUGGCCGAGGCUAAAGUGAUGCGACUGAAGGAGCAGCUGCUCGCGGCGGAGAAAGUCGCCAGCGCUAACAGAGUGCUGCUGCGGAAACUGCAGGAACAGGUUCAGCGCGUCCAGCACCGCGUGGUAGUAAAACAGCACCAAGCCCUGAGGAUGGAGAGAGAGCUUCUGUCUCAGACAGGAACAUUGAGAGGAAACAACACACAGCUCUCUGUGAGGAAACGGCGGCGUGUGGACCUCUCUGACUCGCACUACGCCGAUCUCAUGGCGCAGAAGAAGCGCCUGCAGCAGCUAGAGAGCGAAUACGCGCUGAAGAUCCAGAAGCUGAAGGAGGCGCAGGCGCUGCGUCAGGCCGCCGCUCCCAUCAUCCCCUGCAGCGUCUCGCAGCCCUCGCUCCACGACCUCACGCAGGACAAGCUCACGCUCGCCAGCGACGACCCCGGCGACGAUCCUGACCCAGAGGGGGCGGAGACACAGCCUGCUGACACCACCACCACCACCACUACCGGCCGACGCCGCUCUUUCCGCGAGUCCGGCUCAUUCACUAAACCCAAUCUGAGCCACGUCGAGACUCCGGCCACGCCCACUACACCUACCACGCCCACAGUGUCUGCCAAACAGGCCACGCCCCCUGCAGAGCUGCUCCUGUUCGGGCUGAACGUGGAGGACCUGCGGCUGCGCUAUCAGCAGUGUGAGAUGCUCCCUGAGCUACUGACACAGGAACUACGCUCACAAGGGGGCGCUCUGCUGGACAUCCGGCCCAGUGACAGGGUCAUUCAAGUGGACUUUGACCCCAUGGCUCCUCAGCAGGUUCGGAGCGAGCUGAAGCCGGUACCGUUUGGUCCGUACCGCAGCCCGCUCCUGGUCUUUAGGUCGUACAGGUUCAGUCCAUAUUUUCGCACUAAAGAGAAGCUCUCUCUGAGCUCCCUCACCUACAGCCACGCCAUCGAACCGCGCAAGUGCUUCUGCCGCUUCGACCUGACGGGAACCUGCAACGACGAGGACUGCCAGUGGCAGCACAUGAGGAACUGCACUCUAAACGGAAACCAGUUGUUUCAGGACGUCCUGUCCUACAACCUGCCUCUGAUUGGCUGCUCAGAGGAAAGCUCCACCAAUGACAUCACUCGAUCUACAGAGAGGUACAUCAAGAAGCUGUUCGGAGGGAACAAGGACCGGAUGGGUUCGGACCAGAAAGCGGUGCUGCUCGUUAGUAAUGUUAACGAGAGCUUACGGCAUGUUCCUCCUUUUACGACUUACAAACAGAGGAGGAAGUGGAAGCCAGAGGCUCACAGACCCUCGCCCGCCCCAAACACUGCAGCUGAGAGCGAGGAGGAGAACAUCACCAUACCUGCUGCUACUGACGAGGAGGGGUGUGUGUCGGAGCACCGGUCCGCGUCGGAUGUGUGUGUCACUCAGGACGAUAAGCGUUACUUCGACAGUGAGACGGACGACAUCUCGAAUCUGGAGUACAGCGUGUUGGACAGCCCGAGAGACAGACAGCUGUGGAUCAAACUCGCUUACAGAUAUCUCGGCCAGAGAGACACCCCGGUGACCGAGUGUGUGGACGCGGCACUGAACACACUCUCACGUGCUCUGGAGGAUAACCGCGAGGAUGAGGAGCUGUGGUGUCACUACCUCACGCUGUUCUCACGCCGCGGCAGCGCCGAAGAUGUCCGCGAGAUGUGUGACAUGGCCGUGGAGCACGCGGCACACUACACCGUUUGGUGGACCUACCUAAACAUUGAGAGCUCUUUUGAUGGAAAAGAAGCCGUGUGUGAGCGGAUGCUGCAGUUCCUGAUGAAUGAUGCAGGGGGCGCUGUGGACGAGCUCUCCUCGUUCCAUCUUCUGGAGACGCUGCUGUACCGGACGCAGCUCAGUGUGUUCACCGGCCGCGUGCACAACGCCCAGCACCUCCUGCAGAGAGCUCUCCUGCCUGAGGGUGAGGGUUCCGUGUCAGGACGUCUCACUCUGCGCCACCGCUGUCUCGCCUGGCUCUCCUACAUCCACCUGUGUGAAUUCGGGACGCUCCCGGCGCGCCUGUACGACCCGGCUAACUCCAACCCUUCCCGCAUCGUCAGCCUGGAGCUUUUCCUGUUCCCCUGGAGCUCGAGUGAGGACGUGCACCUCACUCCUCCUGAUCGCCUCAUCACACUGUUCCAGGAUGCAUUAUCGAGGUGUGUGGAUGAGGGCGUGGCUCCGGCUGAGUCAACGCUUGCGUGUUUGCCUCUGCACCUCAACCUGCUUCAUCUGCACAAAGUCAUGGGAAGAGUGAAGGAAGCCACUGCUCUGUGUGAGAGCACGCUGGCUGUCGUGCCUCACUGCUGCCCCCUGCUGGAGACCCUCAGCGAGCUGCAUGCGGCAGGUGGAGACGCAGAGGAAGCGGCGGGUGUGUGGCUGCGUGCUCACAAGCUCCGCCCACAAGACGCACAAGUGUUCUACAGUCUGUGUAAAUGUUUACACACACAGGAGAGACACGGCGAGAUCGAUACACUCUUUAAGCAGUUCGUCUGGUCUCUCUGUGAUGGUCUUCAGGAAGAUCUCCAUCCUGCUGUGGUCUUACGGAACCUGUUGGGCAUCCCGUCAGAGGACCUGCAGCGCCCCGCCCCCUCGCUCCCUGAGCACCUCCAGGAUCAGAUCCCCUACCUGCACCUCACGCACACUAUCUGGCAGUCGGUGCGAGGCAGUGUGGUUGAGGCAGUGGAGGCUUUCGAGGCGGCGCUGGGAGCCGUGGCAGAUCUGGAGGUGGUGAAGAAACUCUGGCUUGAUUAUCUCCUCUUUACUAGCAGUAAGCUGUGUGGCCGAGAGCUGCGUGUGCUCAGUGAACUGGUGCAGCGCUGCCUGAACACCACGCCCACCCGCAUCAGCCUGCCCUACAACAGCGCCACCUACUGGAGCUGCUAUAGCUUCCACAACCAGGUGAUCUCAUUCUAUCUGAGUUUUCUCCCUCCGUCUCUUCACUCAUCGGCUUUGGAAAGAUUCAGAUACAUAAUGCCGAGCAACGCUGAACUCAGCCUCAGGGUUGUUCUGCAGGAGUGGAAUGAGGAGAACGUGGAGUGUGUAAUGCUGCAGACGCGCCUGAUGACUGCGACGUUUCCCACCUGUCUGUCUGUCUGGAGGAUAGCGGUGGCUGUGCAGAAGCAGCAGAAGGGGAGAGCUGAGGUGCAGAAGCUUUACCAGCAAGCUCUUCAGAAGCUGCUGCUGUGUGCUGCUCUGUGGAGAGAUUGGCUCCUGUUCGAAGCCGCAUCUGGAGGUAAAACUGACACACUCAACAAACUGGUUGCGAAAUGCCAGGAUGUGGGAGUGAGUCUGAGUGAGCCGCUCAGUGUACACUCUCACACUCAGGACUCCUGAAGUCUGCAGUCACUCCCUCGUUCCCUCGACCCCUUCCUCCCUUUCUCCCUAAACCCUUAAAAUCCCCCCUCACACACACACGUCCCCCCUUUCACACAUCUCUCAGACACACACACAGUAGAUAGAGCGGCAUGUGUGUGUGUGCAUGUGUAUGUGUGUAUACGUGUGUGUGAGAGUCGGCGAGUUGAAGAUCAUGAACUCUCCAGCUAAGCGAGUGUGUGUCCUCCAAGUCGUCCUCUACGUAAGUAUGGAGCUGAUCAUGCAGCUGCUGCUGCGUCACUGUUUCUUUUAGUUCUGUGUUCCGUGUGUUUUUUUUUUUUUUUUUUUUUAUUCGCUCGUCCGUCUGUGGCUGCGCGUGAUCAGACUCUUUCUCUCCCUCGACGCCGCAACCCUGACGACGUAGCCGUGUUCUCAGUGACAGUAUUUUAAAGAUGGGGUCCUUCAGCUAGACCUUUAUUUUCCGGACGAGAGUGACUCUACGGUUCUGAGGUUGUUUUAAGGGCUUAAGAUAAAAAAAUAAAUAAAAAAAAAAUCAGGAUUAAAAACGGCUCCCAGGCAGCAGUAUUGUGUGACCAGAGGCUCGGCAGUGCGGCAGCGUGGCGUGUGUGCACGGAGACUGCUCCGGAGACGCUGCACGCGGCUGGAGAACAUCGAGCGGCCAUCCAUGAGCACUUUUAUGUGCAAGUGUUUUUUUUUCCUUGUUAUUAUAUAUAUUAAUUAAAAGUAUUCAGGAGCGUACAGGAAUGCAUUUUCAACUGUUUUAUUUUGUAAUUGAAAAAUGUUUCAAUUAAAUUAUUUUGUAAAUAUA